AACACUCUGCCUGCCACACACUCCCAGCGCACUCAGCCCCAGAGGCACUCUCUCUCUCUCUCUCUCUCUCUCUCUCUCUCACUCAGGUCAUUUUGCCCCUCUCUCCACCGCUCUGCGCUCAUACCCUGAGCUGCAUCUGGGACCGGUGCACCCUCUCGCAAGGUCACCAGGGCUGGGAAUCGCGCUCUCCGCGUGCAGGUGCGUCUCUCUCUCUCUCUCUCUCUCUCUUUCUCUCUCUCUCUCUCUCUCUCCUCCGACGCUCCAGCUCGGAGUCCCUCUCCCGGACGGGACGGGACGGGACGGGCGGCGGUGGAGUCAAAAAUCGUGGGGACUUCCUCUCUGAGAACAGAAACCGAGGGUGGUGGAAAAAAGAAAAAGAAGAGAGAGAAGAGGUCCCGUGGAAGAGGAACUGCGGGACUACCCUCGCCGAUUCGUCCGGCUCGUUUGUUUGGUUGCCUUUUGCAAGAAUGCAAAUGCGGCUGUGACUUUCGCCCGAGCCUGGGCGCGGGCGGCCAGCCGAGCCCGUCUGGUUUGUUCGUCGGGAUCUUUCGGUUCUGGGAAUCGUUCGGGCCUCUUCUUAAUGACCGCGGAUUGAGAGUACCACGUCAGAUAGAAAAGAGAAAGCUAGAGAGAGAGAGAGAGAGAGAACAGGGACAGAGAGAGAGAACUGGAAAGAGAUAGUAGAAGAGAGAGAGAGGAAAGGAGAGGAGGGGGGGCGGAGGACUGGUUCAGCCCGCGGCAGGUGAACCCGCGAGGGCCGUCGCCCUGGAUACUCUGGAGAUGGACGGCCACGGCUACGAUCGCUUCGGCGACGGGGAGCGGGACUCGUACCAGAUCGACUACCGGAGGAUCGUGGGGGACACGGAGCCGGCCCGGCCCCGCCUGUCGCCCCGCGAGGGCGAGCACCACUUCCACGGCCCGCUGGCGCACGCCGGCCCGCACGCGCACGGCCACGGGCACGGGCACGAGACCGCCGCCCAGCGCUACAGCGCCACCCGCAUCCAGGCCGGCUACGAGCCCGAGAGUAUGGCAGAUUAUUUGAUCAGCGGAGGGACGGGCUACGUCCCGGAGGACGGACUGACCGCUCAGCAGCUCUUCUCAAUCGGCGACGGCCUGACUUACAAAUCCGCUACUCAGUCUGUCCCUGACGGGCUCACAGCCGAACAGCUAUGCUCUAAAGGGGAUGGAUUGACUUACAACGACUUCCUGAUUUUGCCCGGCUUCAUCGACUUCACCUCGGACGAAGUGGACCUGACCUCGGCCCUCACCAGGAAGAUCACGCUGAAGACGCCCCUCAUCUCCUCCCCCAUGGACACAGUCACCGAGUCCUCCAUGGCCAUCGCCAUGGCGCUCAUGGGAGGAAUCGGGAUCAUCCACCACAACUGCACGCCAGAGUUCCAGGCCAACGAGGUCCGCAAAGUCAAGAAAUUUGAGCAGGGCUUCAUCACGGACCCCGUGGUGAUGAGCCCGCGGCACACGGUGGGCGACGUGUUCGAGGCCAAGGUGCGCCACGGCUUCUCCGGCAUCCCCGUCACCGAGACGGGCAAGAUGGGCAGCAAGCUGGUGGGCAUCGUCACCUCCCGCGACAUCGACUUCCUCACCGAGAAGGAGUACGACAGGCCCCUGGAAGAGGCCAUGACGAAGAGGGAGGACCUGGUGGUGGCGCCCGCCGGCGUCACGCUGAAAGAGGCCAACGACAUCCUCCAGCGCAGCAAGAAAGGGAAGCUGCCCAUCGUGAACGACAGCGACGAGCUGGUGGCCAUCAUCGCGCGGACGGACCUGAAGAAGAACCGCGACUACCCGCUGGCCUCCAAGGACUCCAGGAAGCAGCUGCUCUGCGGAGCCGCCAUCGGGACCAGGGAGGACGACAAGUACCGGCUGGACCUGCUCAUGCAGGCCGGCGUGGACGUGGUGGUCCUGGACUCCUCACAAGGGAACUCAGUCUAUCAGAUUAACAUGAUCAAUUACAUCAAACAGAAGUACGCAGAGCUCCAGGUGGUGGGAGGCAACGUGGUGACGGCGGCGCAGGCGAAGAACCUGAUCGACGCGGGCGUGGACGCCCUGCGCGUGGGCAUGGGCUGCGGCUCCAUCUGCAUCACGCAGGAAGUCAUGGCGUGCGGCCGGCCCCAGGGGACCUCGGUCUACAAGGUGGCGGAGUACGCCCGGCGUUUCGGCGUGCCCGUCAUCGCCGACGGCGGCAUCCAGACGGUCGGGCACGUGGUCAAGGCCCUCGCCCUGGGAGCGUCUACAGUGAUGAUGGGCUCGUUGCUGGCCGCCACCACGGAGGCCCCCGGCGAGUACUUCUUCUCCGACGGCGUGCGGCUGAAGAAGUACCGCGGCAUGGGCUCCUUGGACGCCAUGGAGAAGAACAGCAGCAGUCAGAAGCGCUACUUCAGCGAGGGGGACAAGGUAAAGGUGGCCCAGGGCGUGUCCGGCUCGGUCCAGGACAAGGGCUCCAUCCACAAGUUCGUCCCCUACCUGAUCGCCGGGAUCCAGCACGGUUGCCAGGACAUCGGGGCCAAGAGCCUGUCCAUCCUGCGUUCUAUGAUGUACUCCGGGGAGCUGAAGUUCGAGAAGAGAACCAUGUCGGCCCAGGUGGAAGGAGGCGUCCACGGGCUCCACUCAUAUUCUUUUGUGCCAUUUACGAGAAGCGGCUAUACUGAAGGCGGGACGCAGGCGCACGCGCGGAUGGCCCCCAACGUCCCCACUCCAGCAGCGACCAAUCACAACGGACUCCUCUGACAAAACCCCUCCCCGCGCCACCACACCCCCCACCUUACCCUGUCUCUGCUCGCGGAACCCUCUGCCACACUCCAACCCCCCCCCCUCCCCCACAGUCCUCCCUGAGAAGGUUCUCUCGUGCCCGAUGCCAACGGAUUUGCACUACCGGCUCAUAGCGGAGUCUCAGGGUCUGAAAACACACACACACACACACACACACACACACACACACACACACACGCGCUCGCACACGGCUCGUUGUUCGCGCGCUACCUUCGCAGUCGCGCGGUCAGCGGCGGUGCGCGUUCGUCGUGGAGGUCGCCCCGCGCUGCUUCACGACUGCCUCUUGUAAAUAGCUAAAAAUAAAUAAAUAAAUCCCUUCCUCUCUCCCCUCCCUCCCUCCCUCGACGGACCAUCCGACUGGAGAGGCCUGAAAGAACGUCCAAAAAUCGCGAGCGUCGCGAAAAGGGGGAAAGUCGUGAAGUGUGUCUCACUUCCUAGAGUUUAGUUUCAAGUCUUCUCGUUGUGUCGUCCAGUUGAAAAAAAAAAACUAAAGGUUUUGUGAACGCGUGCACACGACGUUCUUAAUUUUUUUCCCUUCAAUGCCAUCUUGGGGGCCCCCCCGCCUCCCGGUUUCUGGGGGGGGGGGGGGGUUAAGGGGCCAGGGUCUGCUCAGAUUAUGAAGGUACAGUUGAGGUCUGAUACUUAUAACUAACGUUGGAUUCCUUAAACCAGCCAUGGCUGGGGCUGUGGAAGUUUUGAGGGGAGUGGGAGGAUUAGACCAAACUCUGCCCCCCCCCGUGUGGGGGAUCCCACACUUGAAGAGCUGAACCGGACAGAAACCAUAGAAACGGGCCGGUUCUGUUUUUCGGGUCUGCCAGCAACUGAACUGUCCUCAUGUGGUUCUCGCAUCUUGAGAGGGUUAAAGAGAUCUCUGGCGUGGGGUGGGGGUGGGGGGUUGGGGGGGGGGGGCGUGCUUUGGAUACCGGCUGUCGCCAAGCUUGCAGCGCAAGAGCCCGGGGCCCGUCCGUUAAAAAACCCCCCUCUACAUUGUGUUCACUAUGCCACGUAGUCUAGUCGGUGUAAAUAUAGUUGGGACCAAAAGCUAAGCGUUAGCCUUAAAUCAGGGAUAUGUUUAAACCAGAGAGCCUUAUGACUGAAGAUGGAAAGCUGACUGAAGGUAAUGGCGUGAGGUUCUGACUGGCGGUCUGUUGAUUUCAAAUAGCGAAGAAACAAAUGUUCGAUCCCCUCUAAAAAAAAUAACAUCAAAAUAUUUUUUUUUUUAAAUACGACCCCAGGUGCUAAAUGUGCAUGAGGAAUUUUGUUUUCUUUUUAUAAGCGCGUGUAUCUGAGAUUUAUUUAUAACCAGCAUGCUUUUGUUUUCGUCGUUGCUUCGUGCGAGGGUCGCUUGUUCGACUCCGUACACUCGAGCUCACUGCCGGAUCGAACGCUUUGAGGUACCGGCGGUGCUGCUUCUCCGUUCGUUGUGCAGCCUGGUUUUAGCGUCUCUGCCAGAGCUUCAUGAGUUGGGACAUCAGAAACGUGCUUUGAAGUGCAAGUAGGCAAACAGGAUUCUUUUUUACUGAACAUCGGGUGUUUCACGUUAAGCACGUUCAGCCAGUCUGUCCUCUUAUGGACGUCUCCCCCCCCCCCCCCCCAAAACCUCCAAAAUAGCCUAUUGACGCUACAAAAGUUAUAAAGAAUUUCACCCAGGAAUUUGCAGGAACGGUUCUGAGCGGGUGAAUUUAUGACCAAUAGGGCGUCGGUACCCUGUGCUAUCACGGGUCGUGAUUGGUCGGGGGCGCGAGUGUAAAUGAACCCAAAGGAGCGAUUGACUGCUUCUCACAGAACAGCCGGCAAAUAGAGAGUCCUCUACAGCACCUUCAAAGCAUGAUGAUGUCAUCAAGCUGUAUAUGAAUUAUUAUAUAUAUAUGUGUGUAUGUAAAAUGACAGUCCGCAUUGCUUUAAAAAAGGACGUUUAACUGCGCAUAAAACGUCUAUACCUCCGUUGCUAAAAUGCUCAAAUCUGUUUUUCUGCAAUUCUUUGUUUUCCGGACUCGUUAAGUAUUAAACUACGCUAUAGAUUUUUUUUUUUCAAGGGACACAAAUUACACCUGACCUGAAUUUCCGAUUUUCCCGCUUGAUCAGGGGAUUCGAAAAUGGUUCACGUCGAAGUAACGAGCUUAUUUACUAGCUGCGCGUAUUUUUUAUCCAGGCGUAUUUUUUUUUAGUUUUUAUCUUUUUGCAGACCGGUCGAUUGGCCACGUGCACUCGACUUGAUUUCUACCAUUUUAACCUUUUUCUCGGCCUAGUUUCGGUUUCGUAUUUCAGCAGGGUAAGUCGUUUACAUCUCGCUUGACGCGCUGGAUUUUUAUGCACAAGCGAAAGAAUGUCUUGAAAUGUCGAAUCGCUCUCAGCUGCGAGCGCAGUUUUUAGUCAGGCCGUGCAAAGACGCCUGUCUGAAAUUGGCCCACGUCCUGAUCCGGAGCCCACCCAAACGCUAGGGGCUGUGAUUCAGUGUUUUAGUUUUAGCCAAAUGUUUAAAAAAGUAAAAAAAAUAAAUGAAUAUGAAAUCCUCAGGGGAUGGCUGUAUUGCAUUCGGUUUUGGAGUUUUGGGGAGACGGUGAAGGCUUUUGAAAAAGAAGGCCCGGGUUUAUUCAGCUGUAGGCCUCGUUAGCGAAGCAAGACUCGUUAGCCUAGCCUGCCGGGCUCCAGGUGUGGAGUCACACGCACUCCUUUACGCAGCACACACACACACACACAGACACACAGACACACGCCCUCACGUGCGUACUCCCGACGAUGCUCCCGUCUCCCUGACAACCGCGUUUCCCGAGACCCUGGUCCCGGGGAGGGGGUCGCGUUGCGAGCGUCCGGGUUCAGAGUGGCGACGCGUCGGCCUCGACCCGCUUACCUGCGCUCACUGCCUCUGCUGGAACAGUAGACGAACGCUUGGCUGCACACGCCGAUGCUAAGCACCCUUUAAAUAAAAACAAAAAACAAAGAAAAAAAGGAAAAUAACUUUUUUCAGAUUUCUUUCUUCUGAAGGUCUUCACGGCGCGGGCCCGUUGUCAGAUCCACGCUCCACGAGGUUUCAACUGGGGCGUGAGAAAUCGGGAGUUUCGUUUUCGAGGGACGCGCCCCCGCUGCCCCGCCCCGCCCCUUUUUUUUUUUCUUCCCGCGGCGCUGGGAAAAAAAAAACAAAAAAAAAAACGGGCUACCGCUCUAGGAAGGGAGUGACUGAGGCAUUGUGGGACACCUGGGUGGCUUUUUUCUUACCUGGUUCUGUGUGCUAGGUCCUGUUAGCGUUCACACCUGUAUGUGCCCCCCUUAGCCCAAAGCAGUUUCCCCGGUGACCGUACUGUAACGCUCUUGUGUCGCGUCGGCUUCCGUGACCACGGGAAGUUCGCCUGAAGCUUUAAAGGUCGCUCCUGCUCCCUCAAUAUUGUUGUAAAAAAAAAUUAAUAAAGUUGACAGAAACCAAAA